AUGGAGAGGAAGCUCUAUGAUGCAGCUGUGCAAGGAAGUGUGAUUUCCUUGCGCAAUUUGCUUCAAGAGGAUGCACUGCUUCUUGACAGAUUUAUCACUGGUCACUACUCCGAAACACCUUUGCACGUAGCUUCCAUGCUUGGCCAUUUAGAAUUUGUUGAUGAAGUUCUUGCUCGGAAGCCAGAGCUAGCCAAAGAACUUGAUUCCCGACAGUCAUCACCCCUACACUUAGCAACAGCAAAAGGAUACUUGGAUAUUGUGAAAAGAUUACUACAGGUCAACCCCGAUAUGUGCCUUGUUUGUAACUUUGAUGGGAGGAACCCUCUUCAUAUUGCUGCCAUCAUGGGCAAACUUGAUGUCUUGAGAGAGUUGGUCCACGCCAGACCCUGGGCAGCUCGGCUGCCGAUGGACGAAGGCGAGACCAUUUUACAUGCGUGCGUGAGGUACAACCAGUUGGAGGCAAUGAAGUUCUUGGUGGAAAGAGUUUCCGAUCAUGACUUUGUAAAUUGUAGGAAUUCUGAUGGCAACACAUUCUUGCAUCUGGCAGUAGCUGCUAAGCAAAUAGAGGCCAUAAACUUUUUGAUUUCUAGCACUACAGUAGACGUGAAUUGUGAGAAUGCAGAUGGUUUCACGGCACUAGAUCUUUUAUCACAAAACCAGAGGGAUGUGAUAGAUAAGGAGAUUGUUGAGUCCCUUGGAAGAAUGGGAGCUUUACGUGCAAAAAAAAAGCCUUUGUCAAACCGUCAACUUAAAUCUGCAAGGACCAAGAUCUUAACGUCACGAUCUACAUCAAAUACCGUAUCAAAACCUAUGAAAAGUAAAGAUCACAAGAGGGUUGUUAAUAGGAAUACUGAUUGGCUUGAAAGAAAACGCAAUAGCUUAAUGGUGGUGGCUUCCCUGCUAGCUACUAUGGCUUUCCAAGCGGGCGUCAAUCCUCCUAGUGGCGUUUGGCAGGAUGAUUCAAAACAACACUAUGCAGGGUAUUCCAUAUGGGCAGAUAGUUAUCCAAUUUCAUAUGAAAUAUUCCUCAUUUCUAACACAACGGGUUUCUUGGCAUCUCUUAGCAUCAUCCUGUUGCUUAUUAGUGGAUUGCCAUUAAGGCAUAGGUUCUUCAUGUGGGUUUUAAUGGUCAUUAUGUGGGUUGCCAUUUCUGCAAUGGCAUAUACAUAUCUGGUAUCUGUAUCAGCUAUCUCUCGUACAGAAGACGACCCUGUGCAAUUGAAGGUGAUAUCAAGUGCAGUUUACGUUUGGUUAGGCUUGAUGCUUCUGCUUCUUCUUGGACACACAAUUCGACUGAUAAUCAGACUGAUAAAGUAUCUUCGAAAAUUAGUGAUCAGUUUGAUAAACGUUAUCUCCACGCGCGGUCCCGGAGCUUAAUGUGCGCAAUCUUGUGGAUUUAAAGAAGCCUUGUUACUCUCUCAUUCCACAAACCGAGUAAGAUAUGAGAAAUUCUUCAGGUAGCUUUUGUUAUAA